AUGACUGUCACAAAGAUGUCAUGGCGGUCGUCCUACCGAAGCUCCAAGUUUCGAAAUGUCUACGGAAAGGUAGGCAGUCGGGAGCACUGCUACGAUGGAAUCCCCAUCACCAAGAAUGUCCACGACAGCCACUUCUGUGCCGUCAACUCCAAGUUCCUGGCCGUGGUCACUGAGAGCGCUGGUGGGGGCUCAUUCAUCAUCAUUCCUGUUUCCCAGUCAGGCCGUCUAGACACUCACUACCCAAAGGUAUGCGGGCACCACGGCAAUGUACUGGACAUCAAAUGGAACCCCUUCUUUGAAAACAUCAUAGCUUCAUGCUCGGAGGACAGCUCGGUGCGAAUAUGGGAGAUCCCGGACGGCGGCCUGCGGCGUAACAUGACCGAGGCAGUGCUGGAGCUGUACGGUCAUAGGAGACGAGUGGGUUUGAUCGAGUGGCAUCCUACCAGCAGUGGCAUCCUAUUCAGCGCUGGCUAUGAUUAUAAGAUCCUGAUCUGGAACUUGGAGAUUGGAGAGCCAGUAAAAAUGAUUGACUGCCAUACAGACGUCAUCCUUAGCAUGUCCUUCAACACAGACGGCAGCCUGCUGGCCACCAGCUGUAAAGACAAGAAGCUGCGAGUCAUUGAGCCGCGCUCUGGCAGAGUUCUUCAGCAAGCCAGCUACAAGAACCACAGAGUAAACCGAGUGGUAUUCCUGGGCAACCUCAAACGGCUGCUCACCACAGGUGUCUCUCGAUGGAACACACGUCAGAUUGCUCUUUGGGAUCAGGAGGAUUUGUCCAUGCCAGUGAUGGAAGAGGACAUAGAUGGUCUCUCAGGAUUGCUGUUUCCUUUCUAUGACUCUGACACGCACAUGGUGUACCUGGCAGGCAAGGGAGACGGCAACAUCCGUUACUUUGAGAUCACUACAGAAAAACCGUUCAUUCAGUACCUAAUGGAGUUCCGGUCCCCGGCCCCACAGAAAGGAUUAGGGGUGAUGCCAAAGCAUGGUCUGGAUGUGGGAGCUUGCGAAGUGUUCCGCUUCUACAAACUAGUCACCCUGAAGGGCUUGAUAGAGCCGAUUUCAAUGAUUGUACCAAGAAGGUCAGACACAUACCAAGAAGAUAUUUACCCAAUGACGGCGGGAACGGAACCUGCACUCUCAGCUACAGAGUGGCUCAGUGGCAUCAACAGAGACCCGGUCUUAAUGUCCCUGAAGGAUGGUUACCACCGACCAAACAAGUUAGUGUUCAAGGCCCCAGUUAAGGAAAAGAAAAACGUGGUCGUGAAUGGCAUCGACUUGCUUGAAAACAUACCACCCAGGACAGAAAAUGAGCUCCUGCAGAUGUUCUUUCGGCAGCAGGAUGAGUUGCGAAGGCUGAGGGAGGAGUUGAGCACCAAGGACGUGCGAAUACGCCAACUGGAGCUGGAACUCAACAAUAUGAAGAAUUUGAGCCCCAACAACAUUUGACCUCUGACAAAGCCGCCUGCUUUGCCUCUAGUUUGGACCUCCAAAAAGCUUUGGAGCGUUCCUCCAUGUUUGACCUUGUAACUCCUGCUGCCCUGCCUCACUGAACAAUAUUUUUUUUAUUAUGGUACCUUAAUAUUGUAAUAAAGGCAAAUAUGUUACACAACAGAGUAGGGGUGAUUGAUUGUCACACUGAGGGAAAGAUCGCAAUCAGUAAAGUGUUAUUUUACUUAUGAAUUUAUUGGAUUGGUAAAGGUGAUGAAUUAGUGCCCAAUUUUCUUCCAUUCGUUAAGACUCUUCUCUUGCUUGCAGCCAAUAGGUUCUCCCCCCAAGUGCUAACAAGCCAUUUUGUAUUAUCGGAGCCAAAUUGGUGGACUAAAUGCAAUUGAUGCAUAUUUUUCAUCAAGGCCUUAAACAAUACUGCAGCUUGUCUGCAGGGAGCUACAGCAUCAUCUCAAAAUGGCCGACAUGUACUUGUGUCUAUUACUUCUUCCCAACACUGACACGACUGUUCAAAUACGAGGCGAGUCAAUGGGUACCUUUGUUUUGUAAGGGAACUUUUGUUGAAACUUAUGUAUUUGGUUUCAGGGCUAAUUACUAUUUAUUUGUUGCUUUUUUUUCUCUCAUAUUGUUUAUGACGGUGACAAGGCAAGUAAUGAUUGUGACAAUUGAUUUUGCUGAAUGUUUACAUGUAAAUGUUGCAGGAUUGUUGUGGAAGUGGCCCUUUAAUGGUUUUUGACAAUGACACCAUAACUGCAGACAAGGUAGAUAUGUAUAUAGGUAGGUAUUAUAUUCUCAAAACUAAUUCCUUUAGUUGUUAACUACAGUGUAUCACGGUUACUAUAAACCAUGUUGACUACAAGUAAAUGUCUAAUUUUGCUCUGCCUCUAACAGUAAAAAGACAUGUAUGCUAACUUUAAACCACAUGUUGUAAAAGCUUAUAUAGCGUUCUCCUCUUUUGACUGAAUAAUAGCCAUAAAACUACUAUUUGUUUUUUCUUGGCAAUUAUUAAACAUUUUCAAACUGAUCCUGUCAUUCAUGGUUAUGGAAAGAGGAAAAGUUACAUUGGUUACAGUAUAUGUGUAACACAAAUGAAAUGUGAACCUCCAAUGUGGUUUAGUAAAGGUUGAUUCUUCUACGCAG